AAAAUCCUCCAUAUUUUUCACCAAGUCCAGUCACGGCAGCGGUUCCGUAGCCAAAGUGUUCUUUAUUUCCGGAUUAAUUACGUGUAUAUUCUGUUACGUGUCGAUUCCGUUUGUUUGCGCGAGUGCGACCAACCUGCGUUCGGUGAUUUUGUCUGAUUUUCCGAUAUAGUUUAGUGCAGCCGGCGAUAAAAGUAAAUUCUUGCUGCCUCUUUUUGGAACUGAGUGUCUGUGUUUUUUGUGGUGCUGCUUUGGUUAAGGCAACGGAACGGUGCGGCGGAGCUGAAGUUUUUCUCGAUUAAUCAUCAUACACCGUUGCUGAUAGUGUUUGUAAACACACACAUAUAAGCAUGUCUGAGAAGGAAGCCGUUGACCAUGUCGAGGUGGAGGGAGAGGAACACGAUGCCAACUACCAGCCUCCCCCGCAGAAGACCAUCGAGGAAAUCAUGGCCGCCGACGCCGAAGACGAAAGCUUACGAAAGUACAAAGAAGCCCUACUAGGGGAAGCUCAAUCCGAGAAGAUUAUCUACGACAACUCCGAUCUCAGGAAGGUGAUUGUAAAAAAGCUGUCGCUCCUGGUGGCAGGCCGUGACCCCAUGGAAUUGGACCUGUCCGGUGACAUAUCCAAGCUGAAAAAGAACGUCUUCGUCAUUAAAGAAGGAAUCCAGUACAAGAUCCGCAUCGACUUCGUUGUCCAGCGGGAAAUCGUUCAUGGGCUGAAAUACGUCCAGAAGACCUAUAGGAUGGGAGUGCCAGUGGACAAAAUGACCCAAAUGGUCGGUUCGUAUCCGCCGAAGAAGGAAAUCCAAAGCUACACCACCCCGUUUGAGGAGGCACCCUCCGGCAUGAUGGCCCGCGGAACCUACUCGGUGACGUCCCUCUUCACUGACGAUGACAAAAACGAACACCUCAAGUGGGAGUGGAGUUUCGAGAUCAAAAAAGACUGGCAGUAGAGAAUUUAAUACAUACAUAUUACAUACCUUACUAAGCAAUGGCGAUGCGCGUACUCUUGGACAUUUUUUUUGCGGACAGAGAUUCGCCUAGCAUCAUUAGUCAGUCGCCUGUUAAUAUACAUAAAAAUUAUGCAUAUAUACAAAGAAAAACGUGGAAGUUAAAGAGUAUUAGAUGUUGCGAACCAGCUUCCAGUCGGGUGAUAGAGGAGUUUCAUGCAGGCACACCCAUAAGAUAAGUGUGCCCGCUUUCGGUAUCGUACAUGCAAACAAACGUAAAACUGAGAGAUUAUAUCGCAAAAAAAUCGCAAGUAAAAAGUCUUCAAGGAACAAUUUUAUCGCUUUAAUACAAUGUAGUCAGGUACCACACUAUUUCUUUUUCAAAGUUUAUAUUAGUCAGAAAACAUUAUAAGCUGCAUCCUACAUAGAUUACAAGACCAACACGUACGGCGCUGAUGAAGGUUGAAAUAUGCUAAAUAUUAAGAGUAAAUAAAAUGUGGCUGUUCUCAAUCUGUGUACUAAUCUGCUUUUGUCGGUUGGAAAAUUAAAAGAAUGCUGAAAAACGCUAACAACUCAACAGGGGUGAAUGUGAUGCUUUCGUAGCCACGGUAUUAUAACUAUAUAUGGUAUUAUCGUUUCCAUUCUGAUGUGUGCUAUAAAAUGAAAACCAAUUUCUCUCGGUGGAUUUUGCGAUUAAGGAUGAUUAUCCCUUUGUAUUGUAAUCGAUACUAUUAAAACUGUUAACAUAGAAACAGAAAAGAGAUUUGUUCAUUCGUUGCUAAUUAUGAUUUUAUUGUGCUAUAUAGUUUUCAAGUUACAUAGAAGUUCUGCCAAAUAAGUGCUUCGGAAAGCAAUAAAACCGUGUGAAUGCUAUCCUACUAAAUUAUGCAAAAGGGCAAACAAAAGAAAAAAUAUAUCCAAAAGUGCUAUCUUUUUAUACACAUAAGAUUAAGAAUUGUGAGCAAAUAAUAAAAUCAUAGCUGAGACAACAAAGAAAAAGCAUUUUCCUAAACAGAACCAAUAAUAAAUGACUUUUUUACAACGUUAGGAAAAAAUGCAAAUCCAAUAAUUUAUAAAAGAUUUUCAUGUUGAUGAACAGUCCGUAUAGGAAAAAAGAGGAUGUGUAGCAUUCCUUAACUUUUGCAGGCUUCUUAUAUUCAAACAAUCGAUUUUCGGGUCAAAGUAUAGUUUUCAUUAGUCCAGAAAAUGCAUUUAAAGUGAAAUGUUUUCCAUAUUUUUUUUUUAUUUACGCUAAGUGACAGACAAUUAGCUUUUUAUAAAAUUAGCUUUUUACAUUUGUGUUUCGUUCGCCAGUUUUUGAAAAAAAAUAUCUUGAUCAGCUACGAGAUCCGCAUUGAUAGAUGGACAAGCUGUAGCGAAGCAUUUCACGUUACAAGAAUAAAAAAACCGAUCAAUCCGAAUCAAUAACCCUAUUUACAAUCAUCCGAUUAGCCAUAUAUACUUAGGAGAAUAUAAUAGAUGAAACAAAGCAAAAAUGAACCCCGGACCGCAUAACGACGAUAGUUGAUAAUGAAAUCGCACCACCACAGUAGCGUCGGUAUUGAAUCAAUGAAAUGAAAAUUAACUGAAAUAAACAAACUCCUGCAGUCAGUUUUGUGCUCAAUUUGUUCAAACAAAGGCAAAUUUUAAA